AUGUUAGGCAAAAAAAAAAUUCUAAUUAAAAAGAAUGACAUACAGUACAACCUAUCGACACAGAUGCACUCAGAAUGGCAACUUCACAGUCAUGUGACCUCAAGAAAGAUUUUCACAAUAAUCGAGGCAAAGGAAAAUCUUCAUAGGGGCGUGGCAAAGGAACAUGCUGAAGACACCAGGAGAAAAAAUAAUCUUCAUAAAAAAAAUAAACAACGCAACAGCACCUUAACCAUGCCGUGGAAAACGAGGAUAUUCAUAAAAGAAAUCACAUACGACAGGACAUCUUCAAAAUGCCGCAAAAAGAGUACAUCCUCGUAG